GAGGGGAAGAAGAUACGAUGGAACAGGCGAGGGGCGGGGCUUAGCCUUGGGGGCGGAGUCAUGUCCACGUGGUGGCCGGGAAACAGGGAGGGUCGUCUGGUCUGGCCGGGUGGGUGCGAGAGACUGUUUCAGUGAGUGUGGAGACUCAGAGGAGAUUCCAUGUGCCUUGACAACGGCUCCUGAGUGUGGCUCGCUCUGAGGCCGUAGAGAGAAAAUAUCAGUUAGCGAAAUAAGAGUGAUAUAGCAGCAGAAAAGAAAGAGAGAAAGAAAGAAAAACGAAAAUUCAUUUGUUUGACAGUAUUACAAAUGUGAAUUGUGUUGCAAGUUGAAUAUCUAGUGACAGCUUGCUUUGUUGUGUAAAGUUGAAAAGUAACUUUACCAAAACCAAAUAAAAAGAAUCAAUCAACUGCGUUUGGAAUCUGAGGAAGCCACACGCCGUAAGGAACCCUCCAUCUCGCAGAAGAUAACACUGCCAUGUGACCCGACCUUCUGCGUCAUUAGGAGGUCUUUUAGGUCAGUAAGGAGGCGUUGACCUACAAAAGACACCGAAGGGAUCGAGGAACACGUCGCCAAGACCCUUUUUUUAACUUCACCCUUCAGUUCCUCUGACUAAUCUCACCUGAACUUGAACUUGUAAUACGAACUGAUAAAGCGCAUUGUUAUCUCUGUGAUUUAAGAAGGAAAGAUUGCACACAAAGGCGUGACGUCAGCAGGAACAAUAUGGCCUCUUGACCUUAGUAGGACCUAGCGCCUUUCCUCCGGAUCACGAAGGAAAGUUACUCUCCCUCCAAGCCAGAGAAAACAACAACAGCUCCUCCUCCUCUCGAGAUGGACUCCAUCUGGUCCACUCGGCGUUACGUGCCCGUCACCGUCGACAUCGACCUCCUGGCAGUGAAGGGCAAGAAGAUCCUCAAGUCCGUGAAGACCAAGAGGGGAAGGCCCCAGCAGAACCCCAGCCUCCAGCAGUGCCUGCAGAAGCACCCUCAGUUGCACGUACAGGUGGACCCCAUGGAGGGCCAGCCGCUGAAGCACCAUUGCAUCGACCAAAACCCCGUCGUUGUGCCUAUAUCGGCGGGCAUGCCUCGCCGACGCCCUCUGCAGGUGGAGUUCAACGACGUGAGCCUCAGCAUAGGCGAGACGCCGAUCCUCAGCCGCCUAACAGGGAGCUGCCGGCCGGGGGAGGUCCUGGCAAUCAUGGGGCCCUCAGGCUCUGGCAAGUCCUCCCUCCUGAACACCAUCAGUGGGCGUCUAAAGCCGACCAGCGGAACCAUCUCCAUAGGCGGGGAACGCCUGAGCAAGCGCCACAAACGGCAUAUUUGCUACGUGCUUCAAGAAGAUGUGUUCUUCACUGACCUCACACUAAAACAAACGCUUAUGGUAAAUUGACAUGAGUUGUCAUUUUCUGCGAACAGCAUUCUUGAAUUAUUACAACUUAAACGCUGUCAAAAUACAAUUAUUGGCAACAUGGUAAAGAGAGGUCUUUCUGGUGGAGAAAAGAAGCGAGCAAACAUUGCCUGCGAACUCCUUACCAAUCCUUCCAUUAUGCUUCUGGAUGAACCUACUUCUGGCCUAGAUUCCAGCACAGCCUAUAGUCUAAUUACAACACUCAAACAGUUUGCUGAGAAAGAGAACAGGACAAUUAUUUUGACUCUUCAUCAACCCUCUUCACAAAUCUUUUACAUGCUUGACAGCUUACUCCUCCUCUGCAAUGGACAGAAUGCAUACUUUGGGGACAUAAGAAAAGUUGUUGAUCAUUUUUCAAGAAUAGGAUUACCAAUUACUCCACACUACAACCCAGCAGACUUCAUAUUGGAAGUUGUGAAAGGUUCACCAGAAGUACAAGAAAGAGUAAUUCAGGGUGCCAAUUGUCCUGAACGAGGAACUACCUUCAACUUGUCACAAAACAUUACUAUUCAAACCUCUCCUUCCAUCCACUCACUCUACAGCAAAUACUUAUCAUUACAAGAUGGUCAUACAACUACAGGUAUAGAAGGGGAGGAAUGUCCCUGGGAUGAGGACUGCAACUGCCAAGACCAGGGAUACCAUGCAAAGUGUCCAGCAGAUGUUUCUGUUACCAUUACUGGAAACAAGAAAGAGACACCAGUCUUUACUAAAAUGGGUGAGGAAGAGGAUAGUGGGAGAUCUUCGUGGUCAGAGGAGACAGAGAGUGAAGCCUCAGCGUCUAGUUCAUUAAGUGAGGAAUAUGUAGACAGGCAGUGGCCAACUUCCUUCCUCACACAGUUCAAAGUACUUACUCAAAGGAACUUCUGCGUGGCUCGUCCAUUCAUCCUCUCCCGACUGCACUGGAUCCAAACACUAAUACUGGCAGUAGCAGCUGGACUCUUGUGGUUCCAAAUUGAACGCAAAGAAGAAAAUAUGCAUGAUAUCCAAGGCUGGAUGUUCUUCUCCACGACCUAUUGGAUGUUGUUCAUGCUUUUUACUGCUCUCCAUUCUUUCCCAAGUGAGAGAGAAGUGAUAAUGAAGGAACGAGCAAGUGGAUCGUACCGGGUUAGUGCAUAUUACCUUGCCAAGAUGGUGGGGGAGUUACCACUAACGCUCACACUGCCCACGCUCUACAUGCUCAUAUCCUAUCCCAUGAUGAGAGGAAUACAAGUCUUAACAUUCGUCAAGCAGCUCUUUGUGCUCCUUCUCAAUACUUUAGUUGCUCAGAGCAUGGGUCUCCUCAUAGGAGCCAUAUGUAUGGAUUUACAAGUAGCCAUCACAGUGUCUGCGUUAUUUACCCUCUUCUCGCAGUUAUUUGGGGGUUACUUAUCUAACACGAUUCCUGACUGGCUCGUCUGGGCUAAAUACCUUUCGAUGGUUCACUAUGCCUUCCAAAACAUGAAUAUUAUAGAAUUUACAGACGGAGAUGAACUCAGUUGCUCGCAAAACAACACAAAAUUCGACAGCUGCAAAGUUGGCAACAAUACGAGAGUUAGCCUGUCGGACAUUCAAAAGGAAACCGGAGAGAGUCUAUGGCUUAACACCACAAUCCUCAUUUUGUUCAUGUUAAUAGUAAGACUACUCACGUAUCUCAUGCUCAGAUUCCUCCACCGUCCAAAAUAGUGUGAAGAAGGAAUAGGAAAAUCACGUUCAGUUAUGCAUUGUGUUGAAAAUGUGUUCAUAUCAUACGAAAUAUGAAUUUGGAACAAAAAAAAAGAAAAGAAGAAGGUGUAAAUUACUUCCAAGACAUUUUCUUUAUCGUUCUGAACUGAUGCAACAAAAAAGGGAAAAAAAAGAAAAGAAAAGGAAACAUACAUAUACAGUCAAUGAUUUCUAUACUCCCCCUGAAAAGCUAUAAUACAGAUUAAAA